CUAUUUAACCAAAGCGGAAGUUGGAGUAUGUAUGCUUUAUCUGAGUAAUAUGUUCAAACUCAAUGAUCUUUGUUUCGAUCCUACGAAAAGAGAUGACUAUCUACCGAUUAUGCUUAAACAUUAUGACUCCGCACGGUGGUUAUUCUUUUGGAUAUUUUAUUCACAUGAUAGACGUGGCAACGACAAGAAGAUCACUGGGAUUGAGUCAGCUGAUUAUAUUCAAUUUAUGACAAAUAACAAAAGUCGGUUUGCUCGUGAAAUAUGGGAGUAUGAGUACGUUAGACAAAUACAAUAUCAAAACAUAGAUUUAUUUAACAUUGUAACAGAAUAUGAAAUGAUUUAG